UGCCACCCUCUGCAUUACAGCACCUUGAUGAGCAAGGCGAUCUGCAGCAAGCUGGCCACAGGUGUUUGGGUGCUGUGUGCCUUCAACACAGCCAUCCAUACUGGGCUGAUGCUGCGGUUGAAUUUCUGUGGCCCCAACAUCAUUACCCAUUUUUUCUGUGAGGCCCCUCCUCUGUUGCUUCUCUCCUGUAGUUCCACCUAUGUGAACAGCAUCAUGAUUGUCCUGGCUGAUGCCUUUUAUGGCAUAUUGAACUUCCUGAUGACCAUCGUGUCAUAUGGCUUUAUCAUCUCUAGCAUUCUUAAGAUGCGGACUGUGGAGGGGAGGAAAAAAGCCUUUUCCACCUGCUCUUCCCACCUCAUUGUGGUGUGUAUGUACUAUACUGCCGUCUUCUAUGCUUACAUCAGCCCUGUCUCCAGCUACAGUGCAGAGAAGAGCAAGGUGGCCGGUGUGUUGUACACCAUGUUGAGCCCUACUCUCAACCCCCUCAUCUAUACUCUGAGAAACAAG